CGCCUUUUCCAAACUUUUAUUCUCUCCUCGAAAACCAUUUUUCUCAACGGCCGACCGGUGCUGACGUUUCACCAGGGACGCUUCGUUUCCUCUUUUCUCUCAAAAACUUCGAAUCUCUCUCUUUCUCUCUCUCACUCUUCCCUCCGAUCUGGGUUUGCUUCUUCGGUGAUAGAAUUUUUCAAUGGCUGCUCCACCUGCAAGAGCUCGAGCCGAUUACGAUUACCUCAUAAAGCUCCUUCUGAUCGGCGAUAGCGGUGUGGGUAAGAGUUGCCUCCUCUUGCGGUUCUCUGAUGGGUCGUUUACUACUAGUUUUAUUACAACUAUUGGUAUUGAUUUUAAGAUAAGGACCAUAGAGCUUGAUGGCAAAAGAAUCAAACUACAAAUUUGGGAUACUGCUGGCCAGGAGCGGUUUCGAACGAUUACAACUGCUUACUACCGUGGAGCCAUGGGAAUUUUACUUGUGUAUGAUGUCACUGACGAGUCAUCUUUUAACAACAUUAGGAAUUGGAUUCGUAACAUUGAACAGCAUGCUUCUGACAAUGUCAACAAGAUACUGGUUGGUAACAAGGCUGACAUGGAUGAAAGCAAAAGGGCUGUUCCUACCUCAAAGGGUCAAGCUCUUGCUGAUGAAUAUGGUAUCAAGUUCUUUGAGACUAGUGCAAAGACAAAUUUAAACGUGGAAGAGGUUUUCUUUUCAAUAGCUAGGGAUAUUAAGCAAAGGCUGGCGGAUACUGACUCAAGGGCUGAGCCACAGACAAUUAAGAUUAACCAACCAGACCAGGCUGCAGGGGCUGCCCAAACUGCCCAAAGAUCAGCUUGCUGUGGAUCUUAAGCACAUCGUCCUGAAGAUGGGAUCACAAGGAUACAUUUUCAAAGCAACCAGUUUGAUGGAAAAAACUAAUUUUGUUAUAAAUGUCUUUGUUGCCUGUAUUGCCUCUCCCUGUUAUUAUUUUACGAUCACUACUCAUUUGGGUAUGAACGGUAGAUCUUCGUAUUCUAAGAUUAAUUAUAUAUUAGUUUGUUUUCCUUUUUC